GGCCUCGGGGCAGAGGCUUUCCUCGGGGUUGGCGCGCUCUUUCCAUUCUUCUCCCUUCCCGCCCUCACGGAAGCCGUUCGCCCCUCAGCGGCCACCCCCGCGCGUUCUUUUCAAACUGCGCAGCUCCUCCUCCCGUGAGGGAGCGGGAAGCAUGAAGCUGAGCAAAUCCCAGUAUGAAGAGAUCGCCCAGUUCCUGGCCCACAUGCCCCCCACUAGGCAGAGCCUGAGGAAACUGAAGAACAGAUUCCCCAGUCAAUCGCAGUCCACUCUGCUGAGCAUCUUCUCCCAGGAGUACCAGAAACAAAUCAAAAGAACACAUGCCAAACAUCAUAGUCCAGAGGCAACUGAUGCUUAUUAUCAAAGGUACCUGAGUGGAGUGAGCAAAAAUGCAGCUUCUCCUGUGUUGUUGGAACUGGCCAAUGAGUUUCAGUGGAAUACAGCUGUGUGUUUGGAGGCUUGGACCCUACAGGUGAAUUUUGCUCCAUCACUAAUGGCUCGAAUUGUGCUGGAAAGAUUUCUACAGGAGCAAGAUGGAUUAACUUCUUCUAAAACUCUUAUAAACAGUAUGCUGCGGGACCCUUCUCAGAUUCCAGAUGGAGUUCUAGCAAAUCAGGUCUAUCAGUGUACUGUGAAUGACUAUUGUUAUGGACCGCUGGUGGACUGCAUCAAACACGCUAUUGGACAUGAACAUGAAGUCUUACUACAAGAAAUGCUUUUGAACAAAAAAAUACCUUUUUUAACUGAAGAUCAGCUACGUGCAAAGGGUUAUGACAAAACUCCAGACUUCAUAUUAGAAGUGCCAAUUGCUGUAGAAGGACAUAUCAUUCAUUGGAUCGAAAGCAAGGCCUCAUUUGGUGAUGAAUGCAGCCACCAGGCUUACCUUCAUGACCAGUUCUGGAGCUACUGGAACAGAUUUGGUCCUGGACUAGUUAUCUAUUGGUAUGGAUUUAUUGAGGAGUUGGACUGUCAUCGCAAUCGAGGUAUCCUGCUCAAAGAUUGCUUCCCUACGGAUAUAGUUACCCUUUAAGACAACAUGGCUGAGCAGCAAGGGUAGAGAGAAGUAAAAAAGGAAAAGGCAAAUCCAAAAGCAAUGUGACUUUUCUUCAGUAUAAACUACUGGCAACAUCUUCCCUGAACUUCGGUUGAACUUUCGCUGCCCAGAAUCACACUACUACUACUUUAGACAAACACAUGAAGGGUUUCUGUUUUACCUCAGCCCUCUGCUGAUGCAAGCAGCCAGAAAAUACAGACACAGCCCAAACAUUAUCAGCAUUUUUUGUCUCUGUCAAACAGUUUAUAGAUAGCCAUAAUCUUUCUUCCUUCCGGAUGGCUUCUCCUUGCACUUUGAACAAAAGAAGAAAUGUGGAGGCUAAAAGGUGUGGCUUUCAGUUUUCCUCUCUGUUAUGAAGUCACCUUUAAAAAAUGCCUUCUGUCAUACAAAAGCUUCUUCUGGUAAAUGUUAAAAUAUCCAUCCCAACACUCAAAUAAGAAAAUUGGUUAAUAUUACAUCUCUGUUCUUAAUGCUUAUACUGUGUGAAUCUAGUACAGCUCACUCAGAGGUAGAAAAUUAUGUCGUCUGGCAAUGCAUUGUUUUAAGUCUGAACUUCCUGGCUUUUGGGGCACAAAGCCAGACAGUUGACACUUUUAAUGUAAUUUUAAUGACUAACAUAAGUUACUUCAUUUUCUUUUGUUAGAAGCAAAAUCAUAUAAUGGGAGAAAUGUUUUUCUUUUUAAAAAAGACUUGUCAGACUUGAAAUUAAAACUUUAAAAUGUUUAUAGCAUAUAUUAAGGUGUAAUAAACUUUUUAGUACAGAUGCUUUAAAAUGAAACAUAGUGGAGCAUCAUUCGAGCUUGAGGCUUAUCUUGACAAUCUGUGUUUCAAAGAUAUUUUCAGUAGAAGUAUCUAAAACAAAUUAUUUCUUUGGAUAUUUUACUGUGGAGCUGAAAAUUAGAGCUUUGUGACUAGUCAAUAAUAUAUUAUUCAGUGAUCUGAAAACAGCACCUACUGUAAGUUACAAGGAUGGGAAAGAAGUUUUCUAAAAACAAAAUAAAUGUAUACAUCAAACAGACCAGAUGAACCCUAAACUGACAUUUCCAGGAUGUACCCAAUUUAAGAUUCCCUGUUCAUAAUCCUUCAGGUAUUGAACGUGGCUUGGAAUCUUAUAUAAGUUCUAUUCUUUCUUUGUCCUAGCAAAAACAAAGAGACUGCUUUACUAAUCCUCUUCUGUUCUUCAGUUAUGCCUUUUUUCUGAAUCCAGAUUUAUGUUCUGUAUUAGUACUGUCUCUCACAAGCAUUACCAUCAGAGCCGUAUUAGUCAUAAGGCGGGACUAGGCUGAAGCCUAGGAGCCCCGCAAGGACUAGGGGCCCGUCCAUGUUUUUUGCUGAGCCACACCCCCACAUAAAUUACAAUUAAUUGAUUCUCUUAUAUAACCUCUAUUAAUAAGAUAAUUAACUGCUUCCUUAUUGAAGUGAAACAAAUUGUCUCUUGUAUUAAAACAAUUAUCCAUAAAUUAUAUAUUUUAAUAAAUAAUAAAAAUUUUAUUCACUUCAAAAUAUUACAGUAUUUAACAAUUAUACCCCCAAAAUGUGUUUUCCUGAAGAGUUCUACUCACACAAUAAAAAUAUUUUUUAAAUUGUGAACAGAAUUCUUCAAGAGAUCCUUAAAAUAGAUAGCGGGCUAUGUGUACUGCUAGUACUUACCCUACCAGGCUCAGGCUGUCAGCUGUAGUGGGAUGAAAGACUGAAGUGCUGGAGGGGGCCCGAAAUACCUGAAAGUCUAGGGGUCCAGCCAUGGAUUAAUAUGUCCCUGAUUACCAUGCUGGAGUCUUUGGCUCCAGCAUGUGAAUGUGCCAUUGUUCUGCCUGAUUGCCUAGUGGAUUGUGUCCCCACUACCACCACCAUCUUUCUAGACAGCAUUUCUUUCAGACAGGUAGUUUUUCCUUCUUUCCUACGUGGUAGGAAAGAUUACACUGGAGUUUCUGAAAUAUGUUUCAUUGAAAUAUUACACUUUCAGCAAGAUGUUGUUCUAGGCGACUGUAACUCAUUUAUGUUCAGUUACUUAACAUAUUGUGAGAGGCUUACAGAUCUGUGCAUAAACGUUAGGCAGACAAAAUCUGUAGGGUGUUACUUACUAGACCUACAUAGGCUGAACCACACUUACUGGCAUAGCGCUAAACAAUCGGAAUGAUAGCACCUUCCUGGCGCUUUUUCUGACGUCAUCGCACCAUGAGAGCGGCAUCGUGGCGUGAUGACGUCAUAAACACGCGAGGAAGAUGCUAUUAUUCUGAUUGUUUAGCACUAUGCCGGUAAGUAUGGAUUCAGUCCUAGAAGUAUCAUUUAGAAUGUUUUCUGUCAGCAAGGCAUAAAACUUUGAACUGUAAUUCAGUGUUAUUCUGCUACAAAAUUCAAGAUGAGGACAGUCUAAAUGGAAAGGCUUCAAAGGUAAAACAAUAUUUGCUUGAGGUUGUGCAGCUACAUUCUGUUGUGUGAAAAAAUCUGCAACAAUAGCCUUUAUAUGAUAUCCAGGUACCUUUCUCUUUCUCUCCCCUCCAAUAAAUGGAAUUUAUCUGCACAGAUGUUGAAAGUCCUCCUCAAGCCUCAUCUCAUCCUUGCUUUGUAUGGAUUUGAUGUGAAAUUUAUGUUAAGAGAAGAUAAAUAAAUGAAGUCCUCAUGUUUUGUUAUUGAUACCUUUCUGUAAAUCCUAUGACAUAAUAGGUUGCAAGGCUAUGUCAGCAUCAGAAGUUUUGAUUGAUCUUCAUAUGUUCUUAGAUCUAAGUAAUCACAUUAAAAAUAGCACAAAGCAAGUUACAAAUACAUAUUGUUGUUGAACUACACUA